UCAAUUCAUCCCGACUCGCGUUCUAAUUUUUAUAACAAAGGAAGUGUUUAUCAAAAUAAACCCGAGAUAUAUUAGUUUUAAUUAAAGUUAAGUUAUAAAAGAACAAAAUGAAUAUUACAUCCGCCGCGGGGAUUAUAUCCCUGCUCGACGAGCCGAUGCCGGAGGUGAAAGAGUUCGCAUUGAAAAGGUUGGACAACAUCGUUGAUGAAUUUUGGCCCGAGAUCUCCGAGUCCAUUGAGAAGAUUGAGAUUCUUCACGAGGAUAAAGUGUUUUCUCAGCACCAGCUAGCGGCUUUGGUAGCGAGUAAGGUGUAUUAUCACUUGGGAGCGUUUGAGGAUUCACUGACGUACGCAUUGGGGGCUGGAGAUUUGUUUGAUGUCAAUGCACGGAAUGAGUAUGUGGAUACGACGAUCGCGAAGGCGAUUGAUUUUUACACACAGAAGAGGAAGGUUUUGUUCGUGGAUAGUGGAGCGGAGCCCAUCGAUCCUCGGCUGGAGGCGAUAGUGAACCGGAUGUUCCAGCGAUGUCUGGACGACGGGCAGUACAGGCAGGCCCUGGGUUUAGCCCUGGAGACAAGGCGGAUGGACAUCUUCGAGGAGUCUAUCAUGAAGUCUGAUGACAUUGCAGGCAUGCUCCAGUACGCCUUCCAAGUGGCAAUGAGUCUCCUUCAAAACAAAGGGUUCCGCAGCACAGUGCUUCGCUCCCUCGUUGGUCUCUACAGAGGUCUAAACAUCCCCGACUAUGUCAAUAUGUGUCAAUGCCUUAUAUUCCUCGAAGACCCCCUCUCCGUAGCUGAAAUCCUAGACAAAUUAACACACGGUCCCACAGAGUCAGUUCUUAUGGCAUAUCAAAUAGCUUUUGAUUUGUACGAUUCAGCUACACAACAGUUCUUAGGUAGGGUUUUACAGGCCUUAAGAAGUACAGCUCCUAUCCCCAGCGCUCUAGGAGGUAAGCCGCAGCCACAAGGUGGACCUUUCCCUGAGGCUUCCACAGCCAUGGAAGUCGACACACCAGCUGAAGAGUCUAAAAAACCAGUUAGGGAUAUUGAAAGCUUGAAUGAUGAGGAAAAAGAACAUCAAAGGAGGGUAGAAAAACUCAUUUCUAUACUUGGAGGUGAUGUCUCCAUCGGUUUACAACUACAGUUUUUAAUCAGGUCCAAUCAUGCUGAUAUGCUUAUAUUGAAGAACACAAAAGAUGCCAUCAGAGUCUCCAUUUGCCACACUGCCACAGUUAUCGCUAAUGCUUUCAUGCAUGCUGGUACAACUAGCGAUCAAUUCCUACGGGAUAACCUUGAAUGGUUAGCGAGAGCUACAAACUGGGCUAAAUUAACAGUUACAGCUUCCCUCGGAGUCAUUCAUAGAGGUCACGAAGGAGAAUCCUUAGCACUCAUGCAAUCUUACCUUCCUAAAGAGGCUGGGCCGUCUUCCGGGUACUCUGAAGGUGGUGGCUUGUAUGCCCUCGGUUUAAUCCACGCAAACCACGGCGCGAACAUCAUUGAUUAUCUUUUAACACAGUUAAAAGAUGCACAGAAUGAAAUGGUGCGCCACGGUGGAUGCCUCGGUUUAGGUUUGGCUGCGAUGGGAAGUCAUAGGCAGGAUGUCUAUGAGCAGCUGAAGUUCAAUCUGUAUCAAGAUGAUGCCGUUACGGGCGAAGCCGCCGGUAUCGCCAUGGGUAUGGUCAUGCUUGGGUCAAGAAAUGCUGCAGCCAUUGAGGAUAUGGUGGCUUAUGCUCAGGAAACUCAGCAUGAGAAGAUUCUGCGCGGUCUGGCUGUAGGUAUCGCCUUCACCAUGUAUGGACGACUUGAAGAGGCUGAUGCGUUAGUGCAACAGCUGUUAAGAGAUAAAGAUCCUCUGCUUCGUCGUGCCGGGUGCUACACGAUCGCGACCGCCUACUGCGGGACUGGUAACAACGACUCCAUCAGGACUCUCCUCCACGUGGCUGUCUCGGACGUGAACGAUGACGUGCGCCGCGCCGCCGUCACAGCCCUCGGCUUCUUACUCUUCAGGACUCCCGAGCAAUGUCCUUCAGUGGUCUCUCUUCUGGCAGAGUCCUACAACCCCCACGUGCGCUACGGAGCGGCGAUGGCGCUCGGCAUCGCCUGCGCCGGCACCGGCAACCGCGAGGCCAUCGGCCUCCUCGAGCCGAUGGUCAAGUUCGACCCCGUGAACUUCGUCCGGCAGGGCGCCCUCAUCGCGUCCGCCAUGAUCCUCAUCCAGCAGACCGAGGCGCUCUGCCCGAAGGUCACCUACUUCAGGCAGCUGUACGCGCAGGUCAUCUCCAACAAGCACGAGGACGUGAUGGCCAAGUUCGGCGCGAUCCUCGCGCAGGGCAUCAUCGACGCCGGCGGCCGCAACAUGACCGUCUCCCUCCAGAACCGCACGGGCCACAUGAACAUGCUAGCCGUCGUCGGCAUGCUGGUCUUCACGCAGUACUGGUACUGGUUCCCGCUCGCGCACUGCCUGUCUCUGGCCUUCACGCCCACCUGCCUGAUCGCGCUCAAUUCCGAUCUGAAAAUGCCGCAGAUGGACAUCAAAUCGAACUCGAAGCCGUCUCUGUACGCGUACCCAGCGCCGCUGGAGGAGAAGAAACGCGAGGAGCGCGAGCGCGUCACCACCGCCGUGCUCAGCAUCGCGGCGGCGCGAGCGCGGCGCCGCGCGCACGGCGGCGACUCCGCCAGCGCCUCCAGCAGCGGCACCUCCUCCACCUUGAAGAUGGAAGUCGACGAGGAGGAAAAAAAGUCCUCGUCCAAGUCCCCGAACCCGAACAUAACCGUCCACGUGGUCAAGAACGAGAAGGACUCCUCCGCUUCGAAGGAGACGAAGAAAGACGAAAAAGAAGACGAGAAGGAGACCAAGGAGAAGAAGGAGCCGGAACCGACCUUCGAGAUCCUAAACAACCCCGCGCGGAUCAUGCGGCAGCAGCUCAAGAACAUCUCCAUAGUCGAGGGCUCCGGGUUCACCCCGCUCAAGGACAUAAGCAUCGGUGGCAUCGUCAUGCUCAACCAUUCCGGUGAGGGAGAGCAGGUCCUGGUCGAACCCGUGGCCGCCUUCGGCCCCAAGACAGAGGAGGAAAAAGAACCCGAACCCCCGGAACCUUUUGAGUACUUGGACGACUGAUAUACUCUCUUCGAUUAAUGUUCUAAUAUUAGUAAAUAGGACUAUUAUGAAUCACUGUGAAAUGUAUUGAAAAGUUAUGAUGCUAAUAUAGAAUUGUGCAAGUACACCUUUAUUAACUAAAAUUAUUGUGAUUCCGUGAAUUAAAAAUUAUAACUUUCA